CUGCUUCCCCCAAUAUCCUUCUGGACUAUACAUCGGAGCCUAGGGUUUCAUUUGCCGGCCACUCGAGGUUGCUUUCUACUGCUUCUUCGAUCUAAAACUUAAAGUUCUAUAAAAAUGGCCGACUCUGAGGAUAUUCAGCCCCUUGUUUGUGACAAUGGAACUGGAAUGGUGAAGGCUGGGUUUGCUGGUGAUGAUGCUCCUAGGGCGGUCUUUCCCAGUAUUGUUGGUAGGCCACGACACACUGGUGUUAUGGUGGGCAUGGGCCAAAAGGAUGCUUAUGUGGGAGAUGAAGCCCAGUCCAAAAGAGGUAUCUUGACUUUGAAAUAUCCUAUUGAGCAUGGUAUUGUCAGCAACUGGGAUGACAUGGAAAAGAUUUGGCAUCACACUUUCUACAAUGAGCUACGUGUUGCUCCUGAAGAGCAUCCUGUGCUUCUUACUGAGGCACCGCUAAAUCCCAAGGCAAACAGAGAGAAGAUGACUCAAAUCAUGUUUGAGACGUUCAAUGUUCCUGCCAUGUACGUUGCCAUCCAGGCUGUGCUUUCUUUGUAUGCGAGUGGUCGUACUACUGGUAUUGUGUUGGAUUCUGGAGAUGGUGUGUCGCACACAGUCCCAAUUUAUGAAGGUUAUGCGCUUCCUCAUGCCAUCCUCCGUCUUGAUCUUGCUGGUCGUGACCUUACGGAUUCCCUGAUGAAGAUCUUGACGGAAAGAGGUUACAUGUUUACCACCACAGCCGAACGGGAAAUUGUCCGUGACAUGAAAGAAAAACUUGCAUAUGUGGCUCUUGACUAUGAGCAAGAGCUUGAAACCGCAAAAAGUAGCUCAUCUGUUGAAAAGAAUUAUGAAUUGCCUGACGGACAAGUUAUCACAAUCGGGGCAGAGAGAUUCCGUUGCCCAGAGGUUCUCUUCCAGCCAUCACUAAUUGGAAUGGAAGCUGCUGGUAUUCAUGAGACUACCUACAACUCGAUCAUGAAGUGUGAUGUUGAUAUCAGGAAGGAUCUUUAUGGCAACAUUGUGCUUAGUGGUGGUUCAACUAUGUUCCCUGGUAUUGCGGACCGAAUGAGCAAGGAAAUCACUGCUCUUGCCCCUAGCAGCAUGAAGAUCAAGGUGGUUGCACCUCCAGAGAGGAAAUACAGUGUGUGGAUCGGAGGAUCAAUCCUUGCAUCUCUUAGCACCUUCCAACAGAUGUGGAUUUCCAAGGGUGAAUAUGACGAGUCUGGCCCAUCUAUUGUCCACAGGAAAUGCUUCUAAGUAUGUAUCUUGUUGCUUUUGAUGGUUGGGUCUCCAUCUAGUUUGUUUUGGGUCUAUAUUCUUCAUCUAUUUUUCGUGUUAUGUUUUAUGUGAAGUAAGAGAUGGAUGGAUGUCUGUGGAGUUGUUAACAAACAAGAGGAUAAACACCAUCUUCGUCAUUCAUCCUCUGGUUUUGUGUUGUACAAUUCCCACAUCAUUUGUCCAUUUCUGCUGGGGAUGUUUGUAGUCGAAGAUUGAUUGUGCUGUUCUAUCCUAUGUUUUCCCUUUAGUAUCAUUUGUGGUCGUUUUCAUCAUUUUAAACAGAUAAUAUCUAUUGCUUUGUUAGCGGGCUUCUAAACAACCAUUUGUUGAUAAUAUAUUCAUUUAAUUGCAUCGAAAUUUAUCUUCC